AUGAAAUCUACCGUGGUUCUUGCCUGGGUCGAUUCAUAUCAUGGUCUUCCUAGCCUACCUAAGAAUGCACAAAUGUGGACGAUCGUCAUAAAUUCCCUGAACGAUGGAUACGCUUACAACUUUACCGUCACUCGCCCCAAAGAGAUCAUCUAUUCCAGAUCUGAACAUGCGGAAUUAAGAGCAGCUUUCGCGUUGACAAUGCUUGUGGCGCUUCGAAGAUUCAUGCUUGGCGAAAGCCGUAGGAUGCAGGGUGCAAACAUACCCGUUCAUAUUGCAAUCAAGUUCGGCGAUGGUCCAUUCUUCGAUAUGAGUACCGCUUUCAAAGUGGAGGACGAGAACUUCCCUUUGUUUUUGCACCCAGGACCUUCCACAACUCAGCCGUCACAUGACUUUAUUGAUAUGGCGGCAUCUUCCUUGAAGAUUGAAUUACCCUCCCCCAAGUCAUCUCCUAGAACGAAGCCCAUUGAUGGAGACUCCGACCUCUCCAAUGAUAGGGUUGGACCGAGAUCUCUUUCUACUAUUCCCCUUGAUAAGGAAGCAUACUAUUCGGUAUCCUCUGAUUCCCCACUUUUUGACGCCUGUGCUACGGCUAAUUCACGAGGAAGUGCGGUUUCAACAGCACUCGUAAUUGCUCACAAUGCGUCGAAAGAGAUCGGUACAUCUUUGCGGGAGAAAGGGAUCCACGUGACAUUGCUUAGACAUCGUGAUACAGACAACGACCCUCAGAUGGAACUUGGAGGGUUCAGGUAUUCCGGCACCGGAGAAUACGAAUUCGACGAGCAUUAUGAUGUGGCCUAUAUUGAUAUGCCUAGCUCGAAGAAGUUGACGAUAGACACGUAUCAGAAGUGCAAGUUAGCCGCCCAUUUGCGCGAUUCUGGCACGGUCAAAGGAUCAAUCAUGAUAUUAGUGGGUUCCAUGCUCAUCGAGAAGGGCAAGUAUGACAUCCUAGAUAUUCCUGGUCAUACCGGAACUAGUAAAGAUACUAUAGUUCAUCUUCGGAGUAGCUUUAAUGACUCUCUCUAUAGUGAGGAGCCUCUCAAAUGUUUGAUAAUUGGCACUAUCAGCGUUGCGAAGGGUGAAAAUUUAAGACGAGUUACUUUGGCUCGCCAUCCUAUCUUUGCAAGCUUUCUAGACGAGCUCGCUCUUGGGUUGUUCCUAUGCGACGAUAAUCAAUGGAAUCAUGUGUUACUGGGUCAAUCAUACCUUCUCGCCAAUGUCCUUCGGUCUUCAUUUGAGCAUGUUUUACUUGCAGAAAACCCCUUACAGUGUUAUGCUGCUCUCAAAGUCGGUGCUCCAUCUCAAUUCUCCACUAGCUUUCAACGAAAGUUCAUGUCUGACUCGGUAGAUCAUAUCGAUGUUUUACCAUCAGCAUUCUUUUUCCACAAUCCCCGCUUCAUUGAAAUGGUCAGUGCACGAUACGAUGAAUUGAAGGCGUUUUGUCACGAUACUACUGCUGAUGUGCCCGAAAAGAUAACCUCUCUAUUCUUCAGCCCUCCGGCAACCGUCCUACUGCAAAGCCUCAUGGGUUUUCGGAAUUCUUUGAACGAAUUUGAUCCUUACGAUGAAGAGAGAGGUUAUCAUAGAGUGGUGCCCUUUGAGGCAAUGGCAAUACUUUGCUCUAAAUUCAUUGGUAACUCUACCAGCGUCUGGAAGUUUCAGGACUUCCUUUGUAGGCCAACAGCAUUUGGAACGUGGCAAGAAAAGCGAUGGUACAUGACACUGAAGUUCGGGAAGCUUCUCGAUGGAACAGCUGAUGAAGAGGAAAUAUGA